UCCGCCAUGCUCGAAGGCCAUGCCCAGCGGGCUCUCUCUGCCCUCCCUGCCACCAUGCUCCUCUCCCGCCACGUUGCGCAACAGGCCCUUCCGCGCGCCGGAUUCCUUGCCUCGCGGGCCAACUUUUCCACCAGUGCAUGCCGGCGCGAUAUCCUAGACUCUCUCAUGCCUGCGAACGCGGCAUCCAGGCCUCAAACCGGUUUCAGCGCCUCGGAAUACCUCAAGAAUUCGAAAGGCGCAAACCCUGAAGAAGCGGCAAGCUUGCUGCGCGACCCGGAGCCGCACCACUUGAACAUCGUUACCCAUAGGCACAACACGCACAUCACUCUGACCAAGCCGAACAAAGACCCCAUGCUCUCUGUCUCUACCGGAAACAUCGGCUUCCGCAAGCAACACCGUGGCACCUACGAUGCCGCCUACCAGCUCGGCGCAUUCGUCAUGAGCACCAUCCAAGAGAGGGGCUGGUUGAUGGACAUCAAGCAAGUGGAGCUCAUCUUCAAGGGCUUUGGCGAAGGGCGCGAGGCUGUCAGGAAGGUCAUCUUGGGAAUUGAGGGUUACAACAUUCGGAACAGGAUCAUACGGGUAACGGAUGACACCAAGCUGAAGUUUGGCGGUGCAAGAGCCAAGAAGCCGAGGAGACUGGGUUAAGAGAGGGAUUGUUGGAAUCAAGGUCAUGGAUCAUGGUUGGCUCGCCAUCGACAUUAUGGUUGCAUGUACAAUGCCAUUUGUCGCUGGUUGUAUGAUAUAUGCGGCAGCACGGCGUUGCAAAGGCUUG